GGUUAGAUACGUUGUAUAAUGUCAAGUACAUACAUAAAUUGAUUUGAGCCUGUUUUAAGUGUAUCCCUAAAUUCAAGUACGAGUUUUACCUAAAUAUUAUUCUAACCGAAGCAGACAUGGCGAAGUAUAUCGCUCAAAUUAUUGUGCUGGGUGGUCAGGCAAUCGGUCGUGCUUUUGCAAAGGCAUUGAAGCAAGAGAUCGCCGCAUCUCAAGAAGCUGCUAGACGCGCCGGUGGCGGUCGGAAAGGAGAUCAGAGUGCUGAAUCAAAUUUGCGUACAGGUAUGACACUGGAGGAGGCCAAGCAAAUCUUGAACAUUAACGACCUCAAGAGCGUGGAUAGCAUCAAUAAAAACUUUGAGCAUCUGUUUAACGUUAAUGAUCGAGCAAAGGGCGGUUCAUUUUAUUUACAAUCUAAAGUCUUCCGUGCCAAGGAGCGUCUGGACCAGGAACUUAAGGCACAACAACAACAUCAGAAGACAAGUGCUGAACAAGAAGCGGAGGAAGCGCCGCAAAGCAGAGCAAGGCAAAGACGUUAACAAAUUGUUGUGUUUUCUACCUCGAAAUGACGCGAGAUUUAGUUUAUAAUUAGAUUUUAAGUAGUUGUUCAUAUAAUGUUUUUCGCUUGUAAAUAUACGAAAUAAUACUUUGCACAUUU